GCGAACUACUGGGAACAGCUUAGCCCGAGCACGGCGCCACCCGAGCGGUAUGCCCACACCGCGGUGUGGAGCGCGGCUGCGAACGGCUUCUACGUCUUCGGUGGGAAUGAUGGCAACGUGGCUCUUCCCGACUUGCGGUUCUACGGGCGUGAGGCCAGUGAGGGCCAUCGCUUGCUUUUGGCUCGAGGCACUUUUUUUGUGAAGUACUGGCAAAUCCCAGCACCGCAGGGCGUUCUCCUUGGGCCAGUGAACAGCUGGGAACAGACUAGCUCGAGCGGCCCGUACCCGUACGAGCGGAUGUGGCACAGCGCGGUGUGGAGCCCGGCUGCGAACGGCUUCUACGUGUUCGGUGGGAUUUCUGAUAGCCCGGGCCCUGAGAGCUAUAUGCUCGAAUAUUCUGCCGGCGUCGUGAACACCUAUAUUGAGGACAACUUGUGGUUCUACGGGCGUGAGGCGAGCAGCUGGGAAUAUCUUAGCCCGAGCGGCACGACGCCACCCGAGCGGUAUGCCCACACCGCGGUGUGGAGCGCAGCUGAGAACGGCUUCUACGUGUACGGUGGGAAUGAUGGCCACAAAUAUUAUGGCGUUUUGGAUGACUUGUGGUUCUACGGGCGUGAGGUGAACAGCUGGGAACAGCUUAGCUGGAGCGGCUACGAGCGGAUGUGGCACAGCGCGGUGUGGAGCCCGGCUGCGAACGGCUUCUACGUGUUCGGUGGGCAUGGUUCUGGGCCUGGACAUGUUCUCGGCGACUUGUUGUUCUACGGGCGUGAGGCGAACAGCUGGGAACUGCCUAGCCCGAGCGGCACGGCGCCACCCGCGCGGUAUGGCCACACCGCGGUGUGGAGCGCGGCUGCGAACGGCUUCUACGUGUUUGGUGGGAAUGGUGAUGGUGGCCUGGGCCCUGAGAGCACACAUGUCUCGCAGGCGAACAGCUGGGAACAGCUUAGCCCGAGCGGCACGGCGCCACCCGAGCGGUAUGGCCACACCGCGGUGUGGAGCGCGGCUGCGAACGGCUUCUACGUGUUCGGUGGGAAUGAUGGUAGCCUGGGCCCUGAGAGCACGUCAGGGGCUGCACAGCAACCUGCGAUGCUGCAUGAUGCUGCGUUGCGGUGUGUGGGGGGGGGGUCACCGAGGCAGCCGCGCUCUCCUCAACGACUUGUGGUUCUACGGGCGUGA